CUCGCCAACCCAGUCGUCGUCAAGAAAAAGAACGAAAAGUGGAGAGUCUGCAUCGACUUCACAGACCUAAACAAAGCCUGCCCAAAAGACAGCUUUCCGUUACCUCAUAUAGAUCGACUGGUCGAAGCCACGACUGGACACGAGCUACUCUCCUUCAUGGACGCCUUCUUCAGAUACAACCAAAUCCUCAUGAACCCCGAGAAUCAGGAGAAAACGAGCUUCAUUACCGAGCGUGGAAUGUACUGUUAUAAAGUAAUGCCUUUCGGAUUGAAGAACGCCGGAGCUACCUACCAAAGAUCGACGGAUCGGUGUAUUCCGUUCAAAAAACUCCUGAAAGGGAACAAGAAGUUCGAGUGGAACGCAGAUUGCGAUUCCGCCCUCUGUGAGCACAAAGCUUAUAUAAGCGAGCCCCACAUUCUCUCUAAACUCAUCCAUGGCGAGCUCCUAUACUUAUACGUUGCGACCUCGGAACACGCGGUAAGUGGAGUACUAGUUCGCGAGGAAAACAACGAACAAAAGCCGGUGUACUACGUCAGCAGAUCUCUGUUCGACGCCGAAACGAGGUAUCCCGUAAUGGAAAAACUAGCCCUGGCGGUGGUAAACGCCGCACAAAAAUUAAGGCCAUAUUUCCAGUCUCAUUCAAUCAUGGUGAUGACGUCACAGUUGUUGCGAGCGGUUCUGCAUAGUCCGAGCAAAUCCGGAAGACUAGCAAAGUGGGCAAUCGAGCUCGGAGAAUAUGAUAUCGAAUACAAACCUCGAACGAGCUCGAAAGCACAAGUACUAGCAGAUUUCAUUAUCGAGCUCGUUCCAAACGAAACUGACGCUACCGACAAAACCCAGAAAUGGAAACUCCAUGUUGAUGGAGCCUCCUCAAAGCAAGGGUCAGGCAUUGGGAUACAACUCGAAUCCCCAACAGGAGAAAUGAUCGAGCAGUCUUUCCGUCUAGGCUUCAACGCAUCAAACAACGAGGCCGAAUACGAAUCCCUGAUUGCUGGCGACUUGCAGCUCGUCACGAGCCAAUUCCACAGGGAGUACGAAGCCAAAAACGAAAGGGUGGAAGCUUACCUAGCAGUGCUACGAGGAAUCGCCCAGCAGUUCGAGGAGUUCGAGCUUACGAGAAUUAGGAGGGGAGAAAACACGUCAGCAGACGCCCUCGCCGCGUUAGCAUCGACGUCGAAUCCGACCAUAAUAAGGGUAAUACCAGUAGAAGGCAUAGACCGACCCAGCAUAGACCUUCCUCGUACAGGGAUCGCUAACGGCGAAGAGAAUCUCCCACUAAUUGGAGCAAUCGUCACUCGCAGUAGAUCUCAGAGAAAUAUUCAAGACCUCGAAGAGGAGGAACUCGGAAUUUUACAAAAUCAAAGAAACCCUGGCGAGUCCUAUCGGAGAACCCGAUCAGGCGUCGCCACAAGGGCAACACCUGCUCGCGUAAAUCUCGAAGAGGAACCCGAUCACGAAGUAAACAACGUUCCACACAAGGCUUUCCAAAAAGAACUCGAAAGCAGAACAAAUUGGAGAAUCCCAAUACACAAUUAUAUUGAAACAGGAGAGCUCCCAGCGGAAAGAUGGGAAGCUCGAAAGAUAAAGGCUCGAAGCUCGCACUAUUGCAUUAUGGAAGGAAAACUAUUCAAAAGAACCUUCGGUGAACCAUAUCUUUUAUGUGCAUCACAAAAAGAGGCGUCACCAUCCUCAAGAAAACGCACGACGGAUCGUGCGGAAAUCACUCGGGCGGACGAUCCUUAG